AUGGAGGCGCAGAGCGCAGGCGACGCGCGCGCAGUCUCUGGGGAGACGCCGGCGGACCUCGCCUCCAGUCCGAGCGUCUGCGAUUUCUUCGAUGAAGUGAUCGAUGUACCCGACGACGAGGAGGAUGACGCAUCCCGCAGGGACGCGGCUUGUCGCCUCACGCCUCCAGGCGCCUGGACGCCGCUGCCGCAGCUCCUCCCCGCGUCGCCCUGCGCCGCGUGCGCAGCCGCGGGCGUGAGCACGCCCAAGGGCGCAGCUGGAGCCCAGUGGGCUGGCGCCCGCGGUGCGGAGAGAGCGCGGGUCCCCCCCGCGCUUCGCAGACUGCAGAGUCGCGAGGAGGAGGGCGCGACGCCGAGCCCCGGGUGUAGCUGCUCGCCCUGGCUGCCGCCCCUCCGCACGCUUUCCCCUGCGACGGUCUCUGCCUCCAUCGCGGAGAGGUCCGGCGGGUUCUCUUGCGAAAAGCACUACGUGCCCCCGGCUGCCUCCGCGCCGUCCCCCUCGGGAGCUUGUCCGCAGGUCGCCUCGCGCGCGGCGGCGGUCUUCCCUGCGGCUUCGUCUCGCUUUCCUGCUUCAUCGGCGGCGGCGGCGUCACGCGGCGGCAGCCUUCGAGGCGACUCGGCAGGCGCGUGGCCUGUGGCGCCAGGAGGCCCAGAGCAUCGAGAAGAGACAGCGGAGCGACGGCGCAUGGCGGCCGCGUCUCCCGAGCGACCUGAGACGCAGCCUCGCGCGAGCGAAAAGCAGACUUCCGCGUCGCUGUCUAUUGUCCUGAUGCCCUCCGCCGACGGCUGGGCGUUGGCCUCGAGGCACCCGUCCCGCCCUGCGUCCUCUCGCAACUCGUCAGUUUGCUCCGAAGGCGGCGACUUCGGGGGGACCGACGCCCACGGGCCUACUCCGUCGCGGGUCGCCUUCUUCGUCUCCUAUGCCCUACCUUUUUCCGCUGCACCUGUCUCCUUCCUCUCGCCGACGGGCCUUCUUGCCGCGCUCCUCCGCCUCCUGCACUGUCCCUUCGCAUCCGCGGCACCCGCGACCGCGGCCUCCCCCGUCGCGCCGUUGCUCGCCCCUGCGCCUCCGACCGCGUCGGGCUCCACGGGGGGGCGGUCGGGGCGCUCGCGCAGCGUCGCGCGGGACCUCGCCACGGCGCUUCUGCUGCCGCCCGUCGCGCUCCUCGCGCUGCCUGUGAACGCCGCGCUGCUCGCGCUGCAGCUUGUCUUCCGCGGCGUUGAGGCCCUGCUGCCGCCGCCGCUGCCGGCGCGCUUCCAGUGGAAGAAGUUCGCGGCGUUCCUGGGCCCUGGCUGGCUGGUUGCGAUGGCCUUCCUCGACCCCGGCAACCUCGAGGGCGACCUGCAGGCGGGCAGCCGGCGCGAGGCCCCCGGGGUCUUGCCCCCGGGGGCACCUGAUCCGCGGGCCUACGCGCUCCUGUGGGUCCUCCUCUGGGCGCACGUCGGCGGCUGGGUCUUCCAGGUCCUCGCUGCCAGACUCGGCAACGCGACGGGCAAGGACCUGGCCACCUUGUGCAGGAGUCAGUACAAUCGCAGCAUCUCGGUGAUCCUCUGGCUGCUCACGGAGAUCGCCAUCAUUGGCGCAGAUAUCCAGGCCGUCAUUGGUAGCGCGGUCGCCUUCAAUCUGCUGCUGGGGUUCCCGAUCUGGCUGGCUGCGUUGGUAACCCUGGCGGACUCGUUCACUUUCCUCUCUCUGAACGCCCAGCACAGUCAGCGACUCGAGCGCUUCUUCUCGUUCUUCAUCGGCGUGAUGGCGAUUGCCUUCAUCUACACGCUCGCGCUCUCGCAGCCUUCGCUGCGGCUCAUUCUCCACGGCCUCUUCGUGCCCACGGUGCCCGAGAGCCGCGCGGACGCGUUCGACCUCCUCGCCCUCAUCGGCUGCAUCAUCAUGCCGCACAACAUCUUCCUCCACAGCGCGCUUGUACUCACGCGAAACGUGAAACGGGGACGGCAGGAGAAAGUCGCGGAGGCCAACUACUACUUCUCCCUCGAAGCCGCCCUCGCCCUCGCCGUCUCCUUCUUCUUGAACGGCUGCGUGCUGUGCACCUUCGCGAACCCGAUGGUGAAGACUCCAGAGGGCGAGCAACUGACGCUGGCGACGGCGCCCGCGGCCCUGCAGAGCGCCUUCGGCAACGGCGCGCUUUUCAUCUGGGCGACCGGACUCCUCUCCGCUGGCCAGAACGCGGCGAUGGUGGGGACGUACGCAGGCCAGUUUGUGAUGCAGGGGUUUCUGAAUUUGCAUUUUUCGCGCACAGUCCGGCUGCUGCUGACGCGGCUCGUGACAAUUCUGCCCGUGGCCGCGUUGGCGAGUCUAGACCAGGCUGUAGUGGACUCGAUUUGUCGGCUGGUGAACAUCGCUCAGGCCUUUCUGCUGCCCUUUGCCCUCGUGCCGCUUCUCCUCUUUUCCACGUCGCACAAGGUCAUGGGGCGUUUCGUGCUGGCUGGCUGGCGCUGCGCGGCUGUGCUGACGCUCGCGCUCGGCGUCACGGCGGGGAACUUCGCCGCCGCGUUCUACCAGCUCUCGGCACUCGACCUCACGCUCCGCGCGUGGCUGGCCUUCGCGGGGCUGCUGCUGGUGUACGCCGCGCUGCUUCUCCUCAUUGCGCGACAGAAAAUCCGCUCCACCGCCUGCGCGUAUCUCCUCGCAGCCGAGCGGGAGAGGCGCGCCCGCGGCGGAGGCAUCGCCCCGCGCGAAAGGCGGAGCGGCGCGGUGGCAGUGCCCGGGAGAAGCGGCCUGCAGCCCGACAGCCCGGUCGUAUGCGAGGGCGACACAGAUGUCGGUGCCUCCUCGAUUGCCGGCGACACCAGCGUCAUCCUUGCGUCAUCCGACCAAGAGGAAGACCGAGCGGCGGCCGAGGGCGCCAAAACGCCUCUGGAGAAGGGCCAAGCUGCCAGAGAGGCAGGCAACGCGAUCGAGGUGUGA